AUGGGAAACACAAAGCCACGCCGCUCCAAAGAUGACGUGGACUACAAGGUCAAAAGGGCUCGAUCAUGUGAUCUCCCUAGCACUGGUUCUAGCUCCAGUGCCGCUGCUGACCCAGUUGCCUCAGGCAAGCCAGUUGCAGCUCCUUCCAUUGCCAGCGAAGUCAUCAACCUCGAUGCCGCAGACUUGGAACUGAAUGGCCCCAACCAGGAGCAGUUCGAGCAGGAGCUGCGAAGGAAGCUGAGCAAUGUGCCUCAAGUCUUGAGUGAGAACCCCGCGGAGGAGCUGGCCAGGUUCACAGCUUUAGUGGAGGUUCGGGAAACAAUUGCCGAGAGGUGGAUGGAUCUUUUGAAACGAAAACCUUCGCUCCCCGAAGCCUUUUUCCACCGACUGGUGGAGGAAACAAAGGCAACAGUGGCCAACUUCGUUGAGAUCCAUCAUCAGGAAAUUCCAUUUUGCAUUGACCCUUUCGAGAAACAGCUCAUGAAGACCCUGACAGACCCUUUGCCCCACGAUUCGUCCUCGUCAACUGCAGAGAAAAGUGGUGCCAGCCAGAGCGGUUCCAGUGCAGCCACUGUCGUGCUCCCGCAUGAGUUCCAAUUCCUCGUGAACCAAAAGUCUGUUUGGUCAGUCUGCAAGGUGCAAGAAGCUGUUGCCGUUGAUGGCUACCGGAGCUACUGCAGCGUUGCUGAGUGGUGGCCUUUUCGAACAAAAUUUACGCAGUGGUUUACGAAGUCCUUCGAGCAACAGCUGCUGCCUUUAGCCAGCGACAUGAUGGUGAGCCCUGGACAUGUGAUUCGUAGAUGUGUCUACAAGGGCAACAUGGCUGUAUCUGAACACAAGUUGCCAGUUGAUGGAGCGACCAGCUUCGGCAUCCUUCUGGUAGUCGGGACACUGCUGCCUUCGAAGAACCUGACCCAGGAAGCUCUCAAAGCUUGCCGAACUUUGAUGGGGACCCUAGAGGAGCACGGGAAGCUCACUGAACUCUCUGUCAUUCUUUCCGGACGAAAGGAGGUCAAGUUGCAAGCAAAUGCUGAUGGCAAAUUUAGUGUCAAAGACUUGACGCCCAUCAUGAAAAGGUUUCAAAAGAAGCUCCCAACAGAGUGUGCGGACGUGACCGCUGGGGAGAUCUUGCAGAGCCUUUUUCGAUUGCGUAGUUGUGAGCAGUCUACUGGUUUCAAAAAUCUUCUACUUCGACUAUCCCAUUCAUGGGCUCAGAUGGUGGAAACCAAUAUCGAGAAGGCUCUUUCUCCGCAAUGUCCAGACCCAACUGUUCAGGCCCGAGUUCACCCCUUCAUGCAGUCAAGUCGCCGGCGAGGUUCGAAAGCCUUGGAGCAGUCUCUCCUCCUCAAGUUCCAGUCAAAGGGGGGAGGAUACAUCAGUGGCAAGGACAUAAAGAGUUUGGAGGACCUGGGCAUGGCUGCUUCUAGCUCAAGGCUGGGGAGUAGAACAUGUGCCGAGUUCACAACAAGAAUACUUGUCAAAACAGCUGAGUUCAUGCAAACCCAAGAUAGUCGAAUCCUGAACUUCUGCUUCGACACUGCUCACGUGUCCGACGAGCAUGUUCUUUCAGUGGUCUUCCGUUCAAACAAUGUCCAACUGGCUGCUGCUACUCAACUUCUACCUCAAGGCUUGUCAAAAGAACAAGGUUCUGCAGCUUUGGUGGCCAUGGGAGAUGCAAUGGGGGGCGUGGUUCACAAACCAGGACAUACAGCCCCCAAAAGAUGUUGGGCUUGGCAAGAGUUUCGGACAUCAACCAAAAAUUUGUUGAUGGGCAUAGCAAACUCGUUGAAAGUGGCAAUGCCAUCCGACUGGAACCUCUCCAAGACAAUCCCAGUCCGAGCAUUGGUCCCCAGAAGUUCCAGUGUCGAUCGUAUCCCUUUGAUACGGUCGGAAAAGCUGAUGCUGAACUUGGACCCUGAGAUGGAGUUCUACUGCUGCCACAAUUUCAGCAAUGGGGCUCGGUGGAAUGACUGGUAUGAAAACGAAGACCAUUACAAGUUGGUUUUCAGUGCUGACGAGGGCACAGAGGGAUUCAUUGCUUGGUUGCAUAUGCAGAGUUGCAGCAUGUACACCCUCUUCUGGCCUGACAUGCUGCAUCUGAUUGCUCGCCGAACCGCCAUGACACUGGUGAACAGCGGCGGGGCCACUUUGGUGAAGAAAUUGAACCGUUUGUUCCGGAUGUCAAGAGGUCCCUGGGCAACUUCGAAAUUUGGCAAGCAGGUGCAAGCUAGCAGGAACCAGAUCCUUGCAUCGCUCAAAUCAGGUGAGCUUCCAGACUCCAUGAUCCAAGCGGUUUUGCCAGGAUGCGCUCGCGAUGCUGGUCAGCCUCUGAGCACCUUUGGAACUCAUGAUCUUGCUGGUCAGUUUCUGUCCAAGUCAGGAAACGUCCACCUGAACCCCACUGUUCACAAAGAUACCCGGUGGUUCUCUUUUUACGACCACAGUCUGUCUCUUGAUGCGGUGUGGCAUUCGGAGCUGCUCUCUCACAGUUUCAACUGGUUUUCACAGGGAACAAGCCCCUGGUCUUUGAGCAGUGAAGGAGCAGACACAGGCAAUGAGAGCUACAGCAGCCGUGUGUUUGCCUACAAUGUUCUUGCAGAUGACACCAACCAGGACAUGAUGAGGAGCUUGCUGGUGGUGUUUCGACCCCUUAGGGCCUAUGCUUCGCAAUAUGACAGAGACUUGCAAAGGUACAGCAAUGCAAGCGUGAAGCAUGCACUGUCUUUGGUCUCUGGCAAACGUGUUGUCAACUUGAUCAGGAAGCUUGGAAAUGCCCAUGUUCUCCAUUAG